AUGAUUAAUUUUGUACGAUCGUUGAUCACAAGGCAACUUAUAAUUUCGUCAAAAUGUAGUAAGAGGUAUGCUGGACACAGUAAAUGGGCGAAUAUAAAGCAUGACAAAGCUAUCAUCGAUGCAAAGCGUGCUUUAAACUUCAACAAGUUACGUCGACUGAUGUGCGUUGCCAUAGCAGAAGCUAACAAUAAUGCUGAUCCAUUCACAAACUAUAAACUAGCACAAAUUAUAGAAAGAGCUAAAAAGGCUGCAAUGCCUGCAGCUACUAUAAACAACGUGCUAAAGACGGCUUCGACGUCUAAAACACCAACAAUAUCUGGACGGGUCGAUCUUCGUGGGCCAUCAGGAGCUGUAAUUCUAGCUGAAUACGCAUGCGACAAUGCUGUACAAUUUAAAAUGAGCAUAAAUACAUUGUUAAGGAAGUUUGGCUGGUCGACAACCGAUCCAGGUGUUGUGCAUAUGUUUGAUCACAAGGGAGUAAUAACAACUGAAAUUCAAGGGGAUUUGGGAUUGGCGACAGAUCACGCAAUUCAGGCAGAUGCCGAGGAUGUAGAAGAGUUCGAACACAACGAUAUUAAAGAAUACAAGUUUUUCUGUGAACCCAACUCUCUGUUCAAUGUGAAACAACGACUGUUGGAUAUGAAUUACAAAGUGAAAUCUGCAGAGGCGCUAUAUAUUCCACGAACACUAGUCAACUUGAGCGACAGUGAAUUAUCAAUAGCCAUUACACUGUACGAUAAACUUGAAGCUAAUGAAGACAUUGUUAGAUUACAUGAUAACAUAGCAUAA